CUUCUAUUAAUAUAUUUUUUGGUUGUUUUCUGAAAUUGGAUGUCUUAUUCCCAGUAAUCAAGUGCCCAUACUUUAACAAGUUCUGUUUAGCCAUUGACACUGUUCAUAAAGCUGACAAUGGACAGUCAGAAAAUGUGCAUGGUCUAAACAAAAAACAACUAGCAGCAAGGCAGGUAGAAGUUAUUGAUAUAGCUUCAGCUGCAAGAGACUAUUGGAGUUAUGUAGUUGGAGGAAAUAGUGUGGAUUUCUCCAAAUUCAGAUCAGCAAAAACUGGGCGUGGUCCACUUUUGGAAGGAUGGCAGAGCUGUGAUCCAGUUAUGACAGCAUACAAAUUAGUAACAGUAGAUGCACCAUAUUGGGGCUUCGGUAAUCGACUAGAACAAGCUUUUCUAGCGGGUGAAAGGGCACUUUUCCUAGAGAGUCAUCGGAAUUGUUUUGGUUGGAUAGAUGAGUGGUUUGGGAUGACAGUGCAACAAUUACGUGAACUUGAAGAACAAACCAAUUCCUCAUUAGAUGUGAAAACAAGUACAAAAGAUUUGGACAGAAGAUGGGCAUGUGACAAAGAAGAAGAAGAAGUGUAUAUGAAGAAGCCCCAGCUUAACUCUGAGCAGCAAGGGUUGGUGAAUGAUUCCACUUUUACCAAUGCACCCACAAAUCAGCUUCUUUUUUAACAUUUGGAUAUUCAUCUGAUUUAAUUACUUUCUACCUACAGAAAAUCAUUCAUAAUUUUAUUCAUAGUUUUUUAUUGUAACAUAUGAAAUGUUACACAUUGUUUAUUCAAGAUUUACUCAUGGAGAUUCUAAUUUUUGCAAUAUUUAUUCUUCA